AUGAAGAAGAUCAAGACCGCGAGCAGUAAGGCCACGCAGAAGCUGAAGCGCACUUUCUCCAAGCUGGCCCACAGGAACAAGGGCGGCGGAGGUGGGGGCCUGCAGCAUGCCGCCGCGGAACGCGACCGUGCGCGAGCCGAAGGCCUCCACGCCGGUUCGUCGAUGGACGCUGCCGCCCUCGGCUACGUCGCACCGCCGGCCGAGGUGCCGGCCACCGGUCUGGAGUGGGCCGCUGCCGCCGGGGUGAUGCCGCGCGAGCAGUGGGCGGUCCACCUGCGCGACCUCGAGACAAGCAGCGGCGGCGUGGGAGGGCGCUACCUCAGCGGCAGCAGUGCGGCGCGACGCGGUGAUGACGAAGAGGGCGAAGAGGGGGUCCAACAGCGAGAGGAGGAGCGGCGACGAAGGCGCGAGAAGCGGGAGAAGAGGGAGAAGGAGUCGCGGCGAAGGCGACGACGCGAGGAGGCGGAGGCCGAUGAGAGGAAGGCCGCGAGGCGCAACAGUCGACACAGCCACAGGAGCCGACGGUCGAGCAGCGAGGAGGACAGCAGCAGCAGCAGCAGCAGUGGCGACAGUUCGUCGGAGAGGGCGCGGGAGCGGGAGGAGAGACGCCGGAAGAGGGAGAAGGAGAAGAGGAGGCGCCAGAGGGAGCGCGACGAGAGGGAAGAGCCGCGGCGGCGAAAGCGGGAGAGCCGCCGCGGGUCGCUCGAGGCCAGGCGCCUACGGAACGUCGACGUGGCCGACUACGAACCGCAGGUGCCCGUCGAGGAGGACGAGGAGUCGUACCACCGCGACCCGUCGACGGCCACCUCGGACGGCGAAGCGCGAAGCACUGAGUCAGUGGCCAACGUGGCCGAACUGGAGGACGUGCUGGACGAGGCGCGCGUGAAGAGCCCCCCACGCGACCGACCGUCGGAGCGCGACGAGGGGGCGGACGAUGACGACGAGGACGGCUACGAGGACUACUACGACUACGCGAGCUCGGGUCCCAUCGGCGCCGGGAUGACGGAGAGCGACGGCUCGCUCGUGGUGUCGACACAGCUCGACCGGCUCCCGCCUCCCGCGAGAGCACCAAACGCCGGGGCGGGCGAGCUGGGCAAGCCCAUGCUCACGUCGCUCGGGGUGUCGCCACCGCCCGACGACGAUGACGCGAGCGGCGAUUGCGAUGAGGAAGCGGCGAAGAUGGGCACGGAGGGCGGGACGGGCGUGACGGAGCUGCAGGAGAUGGUGAUGAGCCCUGCGAAGCAGCAGCUCCUGGAGAGCGCGGGCGGAGAUGCGGCUCUGACGAAGCGAAGGGCGUCGGAGGUCUUCCUCUCCGACACGGACAGCGGUGCUCGUCGCGAAAGCGCGCCGGGCGGCGACGCUGCCCACAGCUGA